AUGACGGUACUCGUCAUUCGUGGAGAGAAGGUUCCGUCGCGAAAUGUAGGCGGUGUUGGUUUUGUUGUGCACCCAUCUGUCGUCCAUCUCGUCGAUUCUCACGAGAUCCUGUCACCUCGUCUGGCCAUUCUUCGCCUCCGCCCUCUGCGCCAAAAAUCCAUCAGUAUCAUCAACUGCUACUCACCAACAUCAGCAGCUGAUGAAUGCGAAUUGGACGAGUUUUACGAGGAGCUGGAGGAAGUAAUCCACAACGAGAAAUUCUUCUACAAAUUCGUUGUCGGAGACUUCAACGCAAAACUAGGAAAGGCCACAGAAGAGGAAUACAGCAUUGAAAGAUUUGGACUAGGGGACCGGAAUGAAAAUGGCAAUCGUCUCGCUGGGGUGUUGUCUGCCGCUCGCCUCUUUCAUGGGAACUCUCUUUUCAUGAAAAAAGAUCAUCGUCGGUGGACAUGGGAAUCGCCCAAUGGCGCGACUCGUGCGGAGAUCGACCACAUACUCACCAAACAGAGGUGGUGUCUACUUGACGUCUCAGUUGUACCAUCCUUUUGUAGUGGUACUGAUCACCGUCUCCUUCGUGCGAAAAUACGUCUUAGCCACACAAUGGAAAAGAACAUCUGCUAUCGGCAACGAAGGAGAAAAGAAGUCGUCUACGACGAUUGCGUACUCGAGGACUCCUUGUCCCAAGGUGACUGGCACAUCGAGGAGGACCCAAACGUGGACUACGAGAUGCUGCUCAGAGGAUCACGAGCCUGUGCUGAACGUGCCUCGAAGCCGCGCACGACAAACUUGGAUCGAAUUUCGAAGACCACCAAGGAAUUGUUGGAAAGAAGAAGGGCUUUGAGGCUUGAUCCGAAUGCAUCGCACAUUGAACGAUUAAAGAAGAUUCUGGAAGCAGCACAAAGAAGAACGAGUCUAAAGAAGUGCCGCAGGGAUCUCCGCGAAUAUGAUAUUCCGCUAGCAGCCUUGCUGAGCGAAUACGGGGCUCGCACGUCUUCUCGUCGUGUGAUGGAAAUCAUUACGGAGAGGUUCUACUCGGACCUUUUCCGUUCAUCAACUCCUGUGUCAAGCCCAAUCAUCCCCACUGGCGAAGCUCCACCACGGAUUCUCCCUUCGGAAGUACGAGUCGCUAUCAAGAGCAUGAAAUCUGGCAGAGCCCUCGGACCUGAUUUUAUAUCAGCAGACUUUCUUCGGGCUGGUGGUCAUCCACUUCAUGUAAUCUUAGCAGCGCACAUGACAUCCUACCUUCAGAAGGAAAGGAUCCAAGACCAGUGGAAGACCUCGCGAACCGUUCUUAUCCAUGAGAAAGGUGACCGAGAGGACCUUCGGAACUACCGUCCGAUAUGCUUACUGAGCGUGUUAUACAAAGUAUUCACCAAGAUCAUCCUCACGCGCAUAUCUAGGACACUGGAUGAAGCCCAGCCUCAAGAACAAGCUGGAUUCCGCAGGGGUUCAGCUGCUUGGACCACAUCCAGACCGUGUCGAGGCGUAGAAACGAAUGCAAUACUAUCAGCGCUGGUCGAUCAAGGUGUCGACUCGUCGUAUGUGAGGACAUUAGCCAAUCGAUGCACGACUAGGAUACAGCUUUUCCUCCGCCCUCUCACCAUACCCGUUGGAAAGGGGGUACGACAAGGCGAUACUAUAUCGCCGAAGCUGUUCACGGCUGCAUUGCAAUGGAUAAUGAAAUCACUUUCCUGGGAAGAAAGGGGCAUACGUGUUGAUGGAAGAUUUCUUUCGAACCUUCGUUUCGCGGACGACAUCGUUCUCUUUCCGAGCAGUACCAAUGAAGCAGAAACGAUGCUCAACGAAUUGAACGAAGCAGGGAAGAGAAUACGACUGCGAAUAAACAGGAAGAAGACACAGUUAAUGAAGAACGCCUACUGCGAGGACGGAGGAGUACAACCUAAAGGCUCCCAAAUCGUGGAAGCUUCGUCAUACGUAUACCUUGGAAGUUCUAUGAACAUGGAAAACGACUUGAAGGAAGAACUGAAUAGAAGAAUGAGAGCAGCAUGGGUAGCAUUCGCAGCCGUCAGGGAAGCUACGGACCAACAGACGGACCAAGAUCUUCUUGCCCAUCUGUUCAACUCGACAGUUCUUCCAGCGCUCUGUUACGCAGCGGAGACGUGGGCAAACACCGCUGCCACGUCUAGGAAGCUACUUACUACCCACAGAGCCCUUAAGAGAUGUCUUCUGAAGUUUAACCGGCGAACACAACAUCUAGCCGGUCUUCGCAGCUCCGACUUAAGAGGAAUGUCCCGUCUUCGCGACCCAGUGGAAUAUGUAUCGAAAGCAAAACAUAUAUGGGCCGGUCACAUCAUGAGAAGAAUCGACGAUAGAUGGACUAAAAGAACGCUAGAGUGGAUCCCAAGAGAUGCUAAACGCCCUCGAGGGAGACCGCCAACGAGAUGGUGUGACGUAUUCGCUACACAGAUGGACCAGCUGAGAGCUCAGCUGGAUACGGCUCAAGGACCUCGUCAACAUUACUGCGCUAAAGUGGAGCAACGUGAGUCAGCAAAAAUAACGACGUUUUAUGACCGUGAAUGGCGCGGUUCAGAAGACCAAGCACUAGAACUUCGAGAAACUUUGAUAAAAAUGGCGAAGACAGGGGCUGCUGGUGUAGAUACAAUCGCCAUGGAAAAUGGAAAACCAAUAAUUCAGUCGCCCGGUAAAAAGUUCACCUAUGAACGUCGAUAUUACUACUGGGAUCAACAUCAAAAGCCAAAAAAAGAAGAAUUACUGUGUGGUUUGCUCAUGAAAGAGUUGAUGCGGAUACCCGGGAAGCAGACAGUACCAACAAAAAAUGACGAAUCAAAUGAUGAUGAUGAUAACUCAAAUGAAGAAGACUCCUCGGAAUCCAGUGAUGAAAUUCUCAAAAACCUCCAAUAUCACGAUGGCGAUCGUCCCAAGCAGAUCACUUGGGCAUGCACUGAAGAAAAAGAAGACUGUUGUGGAAUUGAUUGCUGCUCUAAGUCAACAGACAUCCUAUCGUAUCUAUUCCGGCUCUACAUCCUCCCAAUAAUUGCUUCCUGUUCUUGUGGUGGUUUUGUUUGUCUUGUUUGGAGAAAUAAGAAUGCUAUUUUACGACUUUUUAAAAAAAGACUAGCAGACGGCAAUGAAGUUUGGGAAACUCCUAGGCCACCGCCUGACAUUUCUAAUGCGAAUUACCCACGUCAAUCCUAUCCAACACCUCCGCAACAGCAAGAACUUCAAAAUUUACCAGAAAAUGGAGUGAACAAGGAAGACGCAAGUCAGAAAUUACGAUCAGAUGAACAGAAGAAGCCGAGCUCACCAAAGAAUGAAGAUAAAAAAGAGAACGCAGGUCCGGAUCCAGCGCGCGACAAAGAAGAAAAGACCGCUGAGAAGGGUAAUGUAGAACAAGCUGAACAUUAA